AUGCCGUACCUCGAAGUUCGUGAGCACCGAAUCCACUACGCCGAUUCUCAUCCCAAUGGAGCUCCUAAAGACGGUGCGACUAUUGUCUUCAUACACGGCCUUGGCUCCUCCCAAAAUUACUACUUUCCUAUUCUCCCCUAUCUGACUCCUAAUCAUCGCUGCAUCACCCUUGACACCUACGGAUCUGCCCGCUCCCCAUACACCGGCCAGCCCAUCACCAUCGCUACCAUUGCUGCGGAUGUCAUUGCGGUGCUGGAUGUGCUCGACAUCUCCAAGGCCGUCGUAGUCGGCCACUCGAUGGGCGGACUGGUCGUAACACUCUUGGGCGCAGAGUGCAGCGAUCGCAUCACGGCUGUAGUAGCCGUGGGUCCCACUCCUCCCUCGGAGGCUCUGGCAUCCACCAUGCGCCAGAGAAGCGAGAAGGUGCUCGAAGCUGGAAUGGAAGCAAUGGCCAACGUCGUCCCCAACUCCGCCACGGGCUCGCAAGCCUCCCCGCUUGCCAAGUCGUUCAUUCGCGAGCUCCUUUUAGGCCAGAACCCGAAGGGCUACGCCGCGCUAUGCCAGGCUAUUGCUGAGGCCCCCGCGAUCAACUACUCGUCCAUCACUGUGCCGUUCCUGCUCAUUGCGGGCGACGAGGAUAAGUCUGCGUCGUUCGAAGGGUGCCAACAUAUCUUUGACCGGGUGUCGAGUGAGAAGAAGAUGAUGGAGGUACUGCCCAAAGUCGGCCAUUGGCACUGUAUCGAGGCACCGAAUCUGGUGGGUGAGACCAUUCAGGCGUUUGUUGAGGGUAUGUGA